AUGGCCGGAAUCGUCGACGAUAAAGCUGCUGCGGGUCGGCAGCAACAACCCCGCGAUGGCGAUAGCUCAGGCGCCACUAUACCUUCCAACGACCUACAACUACCAGAUAUCAACACCGGCGAUAACGAGGCAGCGCCGCCUCCAUACGGGGAGAACCAUGAUCAGGUUCAUUUCUCACAGAACGGCUUUGAUGCUGGUGCAGAAGUGACAGGUGAUGGUCGAGUCAAUAUCAACAUCAAUGCCAAGAACAGAAGGCUUGCCGACCUCCUUGCGCCAACUCUACAAGACCAACUUGCCCCUGAGCCCGAACGUCCUGACCUCCCUCCCGCCUAUAUUCCUCCCAGUCUCGGAGGCAGACCUGGACAAACUCCGCCACCAAAACUCAAUGUCGUCGUCCAGAUCGUCGGAUCACGAGGUGAUGUCCAGCCGUUUGUCGCCUUAGCCAAGGUUCUGAAAGAUACAUAUGGACACAGAGUGCGAAUAGCUACUCAUCCUACCUUCCGGACUUUUGUUGAGGAAAAUGGCCUCGAAUUCUUUAGUAUCGGAGGAGAUCCUGCUGAGCUGAUGGCCUUCAUGGUCAAGCAUCCCGGUCUCAUGCCCGGUUUUGAUGCCAUCACCAGUGGUGAAGUAAGUAAGCGACGGAAAGGUAUUGAAGAGAUUCUCAUGGGCUGUUGGCGAUCAUGUAUUGAAGGUGGCGAUGGUCUCGGCCCGGCCCCCCAACCUCAUGCCUCCAACGCGCCCUUGGACAUUUCGUUGGUAUCAGGCAACUCUGGACAAGAACCAUUCGUUGCCGAUGCUAUCAUCGCAAACCCCCCUAGCUUCGCCCAUGUUCAUAUUGCUGAAAAGAUGGGUAUUCCUGUACACAUGAUGUUUACCAUGCCUUGGUCUCCGACACGAGCCUUUCCCCAUCCUUUGGCCAACAUUCAAUCGUCCAAUACCGACGAUGUGAUGACGAAUUAUAUGUCAUAUACCCUGGUAGAGAUGAUGACAUGGCAAGGCUUGGGAGAUGUCAUCAACAGGUUUCGCAAGAAGGCGCUUGACCUCCCUCCACUCUCAAUGAUCUGGGCACCUGGGCUUCUAUCAAGACUCAAAAUCUCUUGGACAUACUGCUGGUCACCGGCCUUGAUUCCCAAGCCCAACGAUUGGGGACGGCAUAUUGAUGUUUCUGGUUUUUACUUUCUCAACCUAGCUUCGUCUUUCACUCCCGACCCUGACUUGGCAGCUUUCCUACGCGAUGGUCCUCCUCCAGUCUACAUUGGCUUCGGUUCAAUUGUAGUCGAUGAUCCCAAUGCUAUGACCGAAAUGAUCUUUGAGGCAGUCAGACUUUCAGGUGUUAGAGCUUUGGUCUCGAAAGGCUGGGGUGGCCUUGGUGCUGAUGAUCUUGGCAAACCAGAUGGAGUUUUCAUGUUGGGAAAUGUUCCUCAUGACUGGUUAUUCGAACAUGUCUCCUGCGUGGUACAUCACGGUGGUGCUGGCACUACCGCUGCUGGUAUCAAGGCUGGAAAACCUACCCUUGUGGUCCCUUUCUUUGGAGAUCAACCAUUCUGGGGUGCUAUGAUAGCCAAAGCCAAUGCAGGACCUGAACCGAUUCCAUAUAAGCAAUUAACUGCAGAGAAACUGGCCGAAGCCAUUAAGUUCUGCAUCCAGCCUGAAACCUUGGAGCAGGCCAAGGUCAUGGGCCAGAAAAUUCGAGAAGAGAAAGGAACAGACGUUGGUGGCAAGAGCUUUCACGAUCAUUUGGAGGUGGAUAAACUGCGUUGCACUCUGGCGCCGAGCAAGGCCGCUGCAUGGCGUGUAAGAAGGACUCAAGUACGGCUCAGUGCGUUUGCCGCUGCCGUUUUGGUCGAACAGGGCAUACUGCAAUGGUCCGAUCUGAAGCUGUAUCGAAUGAAGGAGUACAGAACGGAGGAGCAGCCGCCGGACCCGAUUUCUGCUUGCGCUUUCUCGCUCGUCACUGAUAUUGGAGGCAUCGGAAUGGCCAUAGCUGAUAUGCCCAGAGAGCUCUUCAAGAGUAUGUCGAACCCAAAAAAAAAGGAGAAAACAUCACCGAACACUGCAAACCCUCCUGCGACAGAGAGUGAGACAUCGCUGGCUACACCACAGGGCAUCACUUCAGAUCAGAAAUCAACUUCUGCAACAAGCCUCGCAGAUACUGAAACACUAAACUCAGUAGCCCCAACGGCAUCCCACUCUAACGCAUCACAGCGUACCUUGAGCGAUACGGCAUCAAGUAUAUCUGGGCCGGCAUCGCCCGAUCAGCCGAACACUCAAGCAUCUGCCAAUCAAAAGUCCUGGAAAGAUCACAUGAAGCAAGCUGCCAAUGCUGCCAAAGAUCGAGGUGGAUCGCCGGUCAACUACAUGGAUGCAGCUGUUGGGACAAGCAGAGGAGUUGGCCGUGUAGUCACCACCAGUGCUAGGACGCCCAUGAACUUCUGCCUUGGACUAGCAAGAGGGUUCAGGAAUAUGCCAAAACUUUACAAUGACGAAACUGUUCGACCGGUUGAUAAAGUGACAGGUGUUGGCUCUGGAUUCAUGGUGGCGGGUAAGGAAUUUGGUUAUGGUGUGUUUGAUGGCAUAACUGGCCUUGUUACACAACCUUUGAAAGGUGCCGAGAAGGAGGGAAUGCAGGGAUUGAUCAAAGGGUUUGGCAAGGGCAUCGGGGGUAUAGUGGCAAAGCCAGCAGCCGGCUUUUGGUCUAUCCCGGCCUACACCAUGCAGGGUUUCGAUGCUGAGAUCAGCAGAUACUUUUCCAAGAGUGUUCAAAACUACAUCAUCUCUUCGCGAGCUGUCCAGGGCCAGCACGAGAUGCAAGAGGCAACUCCCGGGGAAAGGAAUGACGUUGUUCAACGAUGGCACAACUUCGCAUCUGAUUUAGAUAAGUUCUACCGAUGGAAGAAGAAGGAAAAUGUCGCAGGAAAGCAACCAGAGGAAACUCGACAAUACAGCCCAGAGGCCGUACAUGAGCGCCCUAGGACAGGGUGGCUACAUACGAAGAACCUGUCUUUCGAGGAACGGAAGAAGUUACAUGCUGACAAGGAAGCAUGGGAGAGAAAGAAUUCGGGCACCUCAGUUUCCCAAUCGAAGUCGAGUGGUGCCUCAAACACACCAACGCAAUCUUCUGAGGAUGAAGAGUUUGAAAAGGCCAUUCAGACGUCGAUACAAGAGACAUCGCGCGGCAAUGCUGAAGAAGAUGCUCAGGUGGAAGCAGCUAUGCGCGAAAGUAUCAAUGCUGUUCGCCAGAGGUCCGAAUCAGACGAAGCCCCACCACUUCCUUUGAAGGACUCAUCCAUUUUCAAAGAUGCUGAGUACCGGAUUACUGAUGAGGAGUACCAGGCCCUUGUUGAGCAGGCGAUUCAGCAGAGUCUGGGUAAUGAUGUGGCUCUGCCUGAAUAUUCUAAGAUGUCAGCGUCCGGUGGAACGGACACUGCCUCUAAUCCACCUGCAGGAUCUACCUACCACGACGACAAAGAGCUGCAGCAAGCCAUUGAGGCCUCUAAAAAGCAGUCUCCACCACCGCUGCCUCCUAGGGAGGAAAACGAUGAGGAUUUUGAGCGUGCGAUAGCAGCUUCUAAAGAAGCCAUGGAAAAGGAAAGCAGCCAGCGAACAGAAGAAGAUAUUGUGAUGGAGUAUGUCAAAAAGCAAAGUUUGGCAGAGGAAGAGUACAGAAAGAAGAUGGCUCAAGAAGGCGUCCGACGUUUCGAAGCAGCUGGAGACUUUGAAGCUGCUUUGAUGGAGCACCAGGCCACCAUUUCUGGUCUUAUGGCAAAGCUUCAGGAUGCGAUGGUUGAGACUAUGGUGAGUAACAUAUCACUUCUUGCCCGUCUUCGAAUAAACCUUUCAGUUUCCAUCAAUACCAAUAUCAAAAACAUCGUCUACUUCUCCUCGCCUAUUGCUCAAGACGUUCUUCCUUUUUCCUCCAAACCUUUGCCUUCACCUGUUACCAAUCUCACACAAGACCAAGUAACCUCUCAGGCUAUCUUCAGCAUGAGCCCCUAUCGCUAUGAAGAGUUUGAACGAGGCCAAUCUCAAGCCAGCUACUUCCCGUCUGGGCCUAACGAGCUCGAACAGAGUGACAGUGACUACGAUUCUCCUCCCAAGAAGAGAACCAGACGCAACCCUGGACCGGGCAAUCCAGCUAGAGAACCCUGCUUGGAAUGUGCCAUCAAGAUGCUCCCUCCCCAUGCCGUUGAAGCUGGGUGCCGGCUGCAAGAAGCGGCUGUGCUGAUGAACAAUGGCCAGCAUAUUCAUGACUGGCCUGAACUCGUUGCUCUAUUCGAGGAAGUGAUGCAGCAGCCUGAGCUACCAGUUCAACAGCCUGAAGCUCCUGAUAUAUACCAAGCUCUGGAAGGCAGGGCUCGCGACAUCAACCAAGCUCCAGGUGUCCUACCUCGAGCCAUCGAGCAGUGUUCCAAGCAAAUUCUGGAAGACCACGCUCAAGACAGCGAGCAAACCUGGGAGGACCUACUUCGAGUUAUCAAGCAGUGUUGCAAGAAAGCUCUGGAGGACCACACUCCAGACAAAAACCAAGCUCAAGAGGUCACAAACGCCCGGGUUCUCUUGCUACAUGAGAGCGUCGAUCAGCUCAACGAACGCACGAGAGCGAUAGAAACUCUACUCCGUCAGAUACUUGACGAGAGGCGCCGUCCCGAUGUAGCCGCUAGGGGGACAUACUUUCCUUCGCCUCUGCCUCCUAACGCUGGCUGA